AUGGAACCUGCAGGAGAAGGCAUCACUCUUUACUGGAGUCUUGUUAGUCAACCAUCUAGAUCUGUUAAAGCUCUAUUACUUGCUGGAGAUGUUCCACACAAGGAAGAACAAAAAGGAGAAGAAUAUGCAAAAAUCAAUCCACGUUAAUUGGUCCCAUUCAUCAAGGAUGGUGAUUUUGGUCUUGGUGAAUCUAAUGCUAUUCUUAAAUACAUCGCUGACUCUCAAGCAUCAGUUCCAGAGCACUACUGGCCCAAAGAGCUUAAAGAGAGAUAUAGAGUAGAUUAAUUCCUUGAGUACUAUCAGUUCCACUUCAGACCAGCACUCUUAAGUCCAUUAAGAACAAGAAUCGGCUAGAAGUUUGCAAAGAUGGAUAUUCCCUAGGAUGUUCUUGACUUCUAAGAGCAAAACAAAAAGACUGCUCUUGAUACCUUAGAGAGAUUACUUCAUCAAUAUGAAGGUGACUUCCUUGCAUCAAAUCAAAUUUCUAUUGGAGAUUUCUAGAUCUAUUUCGAGCUAACCAACUUGAUUCUUUUAAAGGAGACUUGGGAAACUUAUCCAGCCAUCACUGCUUGGUACAAUAAGGUUUCUGAAAACGAGCAUGUUAAGAAAAUCAACGAACAAUGGUCAGCAGCUACAUCAGCCUUAAUCCCAGUUCUUAACAACUGA